AUGGCUUCGGAAAAGGCAGAUUUACUUUUCUUUGACACCUUCUCACAUGAUGCAAGCGAGGAACUAAAUUUGGAUCUUGUACAAUUUCCUAAAUCAGUUUUUGUAACUGAAAUUAGGAUAAUUCCAUUAGGCGCUCGUGUCGAAGGAGAUUUUCCAGGAGGUGUAAGGCUAGGCGCUACUAAUCCUACAAAAUUUCAUAUAGACUUCUUUGUCAAUGACCUAAGCAAACCUGGUGCAUGUACAUUUGAGGCGCUAGGGAGUUUUGAUUACUGUCAAAAUGGCCAGAUACAUAUGGAAUGCAGUACUGACACUGAGCAACCAAAAAUACCAACAGAUGGACUUGUUUUGAGAGGCUGCUAUACUACAAUAACUUUAGCAGUUUAUGGCAACUUGACGCAAGUUUUACCAGAGACACCUGUAACUGGUAAUGUCCCUCCAAACAUACAGAGACCAGUUAGUCAAGAAGUAGCCGCACUCCCACCCAAUGUACCACAAUCUUCAGACUGGAAUCAAGAUGGCUCUAAUCCUAUUCCAUCAUAUACUGGCAAUGUAGCUACUGCUAACCCAGAAGGUUAUGAGGCCAAUGCAUAUGAUGAAAACUAUGACAACCCCAUGUUUAGAAAUGACUACUAUGAUGCUGAACCUCCAAAAGAUCCCAGGACUUAUCAUCAUUUAGAGGAAAAUGAGUGGGACAAAGAUAGACGUGAUGUUAGUUCUGAAAGAGACCCAGAUCGAAGCAGACACAGUCCUCGUCCUUUGGAGCUGGAUAGAGAGAGGAGUGAUGGCAGAAGCAGAAAACGUUCCUUAGACAGGGGUAGAAGCCGUGAAGCUUCGAGACAUAGAGAUCGUAGCCGCGAGAUUGACAGAGAUAGAAUUGAACGAUUAUCAAGGUCUAGGAGUCAUGAUAGGGAGUACAUAAUGAAAGAUUAUCGCAUGAGCCGCUCUCGUUCGAGGAGUAUUGACCGGGAUUGGGACCAUGGUGCAUACAAAAAAGAUGACUAUAGACGACGCGGCCCAUCUUAUGAGAGAUCUCGAGGAGGUUCCUAUGAACGGUCUCCAUAUGACAAAAGAGCACCCUCUUAUGAGCGCAAAGCUCCUUAUGAUAAAGCUGGUGCAUAUGAAAAACGUAUGUCACCAUAUGAUAAACGUAGUUCGUCUUAUGAACGUCGCGGUUCCCCGCCUUACAGCAAACGACAUUCACCAUAUCGGAUGCGAACAUCAAGCUAUGGUAGUAGAUCGCCAAGUAGAGAUGAUACGAGGAAAAGACCGAGAACACCACCUGGAGGUAGACCUUUGUCGCCUAGAGAAGGAGAAGGCAGUCCCAAUAACUCAUUGAGAUCUGGAGAUGGUGAAUAUGAUAGAAAUGGGAAGCAAAUUCCUCGGGUUGACUUUUACCACCAAAACUAUAGACAUAAAGCCUCAAUCCGAAGCCCAUCUCAGGAGGCAGAAAGUACCUAUACUGAACCGCAGCAUUCAAGUCUUGUGACAGUGCCUAUUGUGGAUAAUGCAACAUCAAAGACAAUAGAAUCACCUAUAGGUAACACAGAAGACAAAUCUAUGGAGGCAGAACAAUUUGAACCAAUUCUAUCAGAUGAAGACAUUUGUGAUGAUUUAGAGGGAUCAUCUUAUAUGGAUGUUGAAUAUGAUGUCAAUGAAUAUGAUGGUGUUGAAGACAUAAUCAAAUAUUAUAAUCCCUUCAAGGAUGAAUGGAAGAAAUAUCAAUAUGUUAACAAAAUAUAUAUGGUUGCCGAUAAAGGUAAUGAUUCAAAAGAUGUAAAAUCCGCUACUUUCAAGGAGUUGUGUGAGGUAAAUGUUGAUCUGUUCAAAAUAUCCGAAAUCACACAAUCUAUUAAAAAACGAGAUCAGAAAUUCUUUUCGAGCACUUUUCAAGAUAUAGAUAAUUCCUCCAGAGAAGAAUGGGUGCACUUGUGCGAACAAUUGUUGGUGUCUCUUACAAACCUUUGCAAAAAUACAGAUAUAAUUCUUCGUAUUUUUCGAUCUUUUGGAAGAUCGGAUGCCAAUGAUGAAUUUGCUGAUAUUUACAUUGUAUUAGUUACUUUUUGUAAGAUCGGUCUAAACUUUGAAUUGUCGCUAGCCCAACAACAACCUACAUAUAAAAUUAGACAUAUGAAAUGUGGAAUUCGCUUAGCUGAAGCUCUGAUGGGUCACAAACAUAAUGGUCAAGUGAUGAAAGUAUUGUUAAGUACUGGCAUUGACAUUCCAAUGUCGCUACUUGAAAUGUAUAGCAAGGAAUACAUGGCCCUUAGCAUUCGUUUAAUGAUAUUAAAAUCAUUGAAUGCAUGUUUGUCUUCUAAGAUCUCUGUAGAUCAUUUUAUGCAAGAAACUGUAUUUCCACAGUUUAACAAAAAUGAAAAUGAUAGAAGAGCAAUGAACGGCUACCAAGCACUUAUAGCCAUAAUGGAAAAGAAUCCCCUUGCUAGACUGAAGUUUUCCAUCAGCGCUUUGAUAAAGAAACUUAAUAUUUACGAAGUAUUAGGAAAGUUGCACGAAUUGGUCCUGCAAUUGGACUCAAAAAAUAUUGAUAAUCAAAAUGAUGUUGAUCUACCUGAAUCCGAUAUAGAUUUUGUUAUACAUUCACUUGAGGAAAUUUUGUAUAUGUAUAGAACUCAAUGCUUCCAUUUGUCACAACCGAAAAGAUUUCUACCAGUAUCGGCUCAGUUUGAAAUAAACAAAGAAGGUUCUAACGAGACUCUGCUGGAAUUUUUCAAUAUUCAUCGCUUUUUGGAAGGUUGCUUAUUUUUAUUAACAUGUCCGGCAACUUGCAUUAACUUAAUGAUAACAUGUCGAAUCCACGAUUUGCUAUACGAAAUGGUCAAUUCGUACAACGGUUUGAUGUAUCUAUACGAAAACAUGGCGGUGAGCGAAAUGUUCUUCAAAAUUCUUACGCAACCGUACAGCCAGCAAAACAAUGAAGAGACCUCUUAUCCGCAUGACUCUAAUUUGAGUAAUUACAGUGAAUUACAAACCCUAGGUCUUGAACUCGCUUAUCGCCUCAAAGCACUUUAUUAUUUGGAGUCCAUAGCUGAUAUUCAAACGGGCAAACCUGAUGAUAAUGAAUUAAUCGAUAGACUCCAGAAUUUGUACUGCCUCAGUUUCGGGAGCAUCGGUAAAACAGCAGUUCCAGAAGUAAUUGUAAUGGGCGACAAUGCUGAUUGUUUAAUGGUGGUGUUUGAAUACAGUACGAAAAAUAAAAACAAAAGUGAGUCGCCAAUUAAACAAAAAUCACCCGCAAAAGGUUAUGCUAUUGAGCUCAUUGUAUCUGCGAUCCGUUAUUCAGCGAAUGUGCCAUUUUUAAAGAAAUAUGGACAGCGGCUUAUGAAUGUUUCCAAGGAAAACGAUAGAUUCGAGCCGAGCGUGUCUAGUGUUCUUCAAGAAGCUUUACCUUAUUUGAAGCCAUUAGAGAAACCAGGCGUCUUAGCAGGUGAAGAUCUAGCAGAAUGCGUGGAGAUACUAAAAAGUAGUCUAGAACAUUCUUCAGACUUGCCCGGCGAGCUCAUGACCUGUUUGAGAAUCUUACGGUAUUUCUGCGUGUCGGAUUGUGAUACAAAGGCUAAUAUUAUAUGUGAAUCACCAACAGAGGAAUACGUUGAACUGAAAUAUAAGUACAAUGUUUUGCAACUAUUUUCUUUAGACGGUGUAGCCCACAUUGCAGGGAUAUUGGACAGGCUGGCAACACAUUUUGACCAACCGAGCAUGCACACAUCUUUCUUUGCCUCCAUAAAAGGCUUACAAUUGGCUCAGAUUCUUGUCCCAUGUUUGCGGUUGCUGGAUGAAAUGUUGGCCCGUGUUGUACGCUGCAGGGGUCCAAGGUUUAGAGAUUUAACUGCUGCGUCUAUUCUAUUAAAAACUUACGGACUCGCUAAAACAUUUCCGGUGGGAUGUAUCGGGUAUCGAACAGCAGCAAAGGCGGCUGAAGCGUCAGUCAGGGCGUUGCUUGCUUACGCACAACCUAUCGCAGACGACGGCAAAGAUGGAGAUUCAAUCAGACGCGGGCCGUGGACGUCCUUAUGUUCAGAAGUGAUUGCAUACACCAUGACGGCUCCGUACACGUUUGUCCCCGGUUUAUUAAUCUUCUCGGAGCUGUUACCUCUACCACUGCCCAUACAGACCAAAACUCAACCAUCAGAAAGAGAAUUAGCGGACGCAUCUAACGAGAGACGUUUGUGGUCUGCUCAUCUUCACGCCCUCACCAACGAGUUAACGGAUAUGAUACAAAUUAUUUGCAUGUCCACAUACCGUCCCGUGGUUCACAUGCUCCGUCGUGUUUGCAUCCAAAUUGCAGAUUUAGCGCCAAACACCGCUGCGACAGUGGCGAAAGCGGCAGUGGGAGCUGUGAUCCGCGAAAUGAAAGAAAGCGAGCCGGCUUCGUCCAGUAUGGCCAGAGUUUUAGGAUUCUUAGCUUGUCUCGUAUCACACGCCCCAGUUAAAUGUGCGGUUAUCCAUGGAAUGAGUAAUGGUCCAAAGGCCAACGAACUUCAGACGGUUCUUUGCGGUGUACUGAGUGUGUCCAACGCAGCAAACGAUCACAUAGCUGCCCAAGAAUAUGCCGCUCACACAUUAGCCGCUUUGUGCGAUGCCGAAGUUACCUUAACUCCAUUGAGCGGAGCCACCGAGUCUGUCUUGGCUAAUUCCUUGCCCAAUAAGGAGACUUUGAGCGUAUUACUUGACGCUACGGCGGAUUGUCUGGGGUCGGGCACUAGGACGUGCUCUGUGGCGUCUUCGAUAUUGCGUGCGUAUUAUGUGCUGACGGAACAUGACUAUGGCUUUCAACAGUUCAGAAAAUUCGUGACGAGGCAGCGCACCCAAUUGGGGAAGUUCUUCAGAUGGGUAGUGGAGGGCCCUAGCGAAGACAAGGUGGAAUGUUUGAAUCUUUACAUGGAUAUGAUGAAAGUGUUAAAGAGCGAAGAAGGAGUGGGGGGUUUGGGGAGGAAAGGAGUAUUAUCUGUGAAUGAAGUUGCCGAUAUGGUUGACUUCACGAGUGGCGCGGAAGAGCACCCAGUGCUUUCUUUAGAAAAAACCCUAAAAGAAAGAAACGCUGAUGAUGAAACUGUUUCAAAUGCAACCUUCUUGAUCACCACUCUGCAAAAGAAGUCAAGCGAAGAGGCAACGGCAGCAACGGAGUCAGCUGACUUGGCUUUGCCCACUCCUGAGUCGUUGGUUACGCAAUUCGCUGCCCGCCAAGUGUACACGAUUGGCGAUUCUACUGACGAACGCCUGACUUGUAGUUAUUGGCUAAAUGUCCCCUUGCCGAGCGGCGACGAAGACAUUAAUGACAAUGAAUUAGUGUCAUGUGACGUAUUGGAGAUCGCGAACACCUUCCUGUCGGGCGCUUGCGGUGGCGAAGCCCUGCUUUGCGCUGUUCGCAGACUCGCCGGUUGCCUGGAGACUCGCACGGAAGCUCUACCCUGCGACGACAAGAGACCAGCAGUUGCGUUAAGCCGUGUAAGGGGUGAAGGCGGCGCAGAUGCGUUCCGGUCUCGACCGCCGAACACCUCUCGUCCGCCAUCCCUCCAUGUCGACGAUUUCACUGCCCUGCAUCAGCCGUACGCGUCUAACAAUAGGGGGAUCCGACGCGGUGGCGCAGCCCCCGACCGAGGCAGAUUCGCCAGUGCGACCCCACAUCAACAUUACAGGCAACUACGCGGUCGAGGUGCGUGGGAGAUGGGUGCCCAACAUUUCGGACAUUUUCCACCUGCACAAUAUAUGAUAGGUGGCAUGGGUUGGGGCGGCGGACGCAUGCAACGUGGUCCAAGACAUCGAUCCUUUAUGAGAUGA